AUGGAACAAAGAUCUUGUGUCCAUUUUGAUAAAAGCUUUAACUUGGAUAAGCUGUUGAAAAAGAUUCAAUCUUGUAAACGAAUCAAGUGUGGAGACUGCAAGGAAGGAGUGCGUGUGAAGAGAAGAAGUGAAGGGAAGGUUAACAAUAACUGGAGGAGAAAUAGGUUUUCUUCUUCUGGCCCAAAGUCUGCUAAAAAGGCUAUUUGGCUUUGUUUGGAAUGUGGCUAUUACAUCUGUGGAGGUGUUGGUUUGCCAACUGGAGCUCAGAGUCAUGUCGCGCGUCACAUCAGGUUGACGCGUCACCGUCUGGUGAUUCAGUGUGAAAAUCCUCAGCUGAGAUGGUGCUUCCCUUGCCAAUCACUUCUCCCUUUUGAGAAAGAAGAGAAUGGUGAGAGGAAAGAUUUGUUACUUAAAGUUGUGAAAUUGAUUAAACAGCGAUCUUCAAACACCUACUCUGCUGAAGAUUCAUCAUGUUCAAGAAGUGGUAGCGUCAUCACUGGUGCAAGAGAUGGUUAUGCUGUAAGAGGUUUAGUUAACCUUGGGAACACAUGUUUCUUUAACUCUGUAUUGCAGAACCUACUUUCUUUGGAUCAGUUAGGUGACCGCUUGCUGGAAGAGGAUCUGUCUGGUGGUGGUCCUCUCGUUUCUUCCCUGAAAAGAUUAUUCGCCGAGACAAAGUCAGAGGCAGGCUUGUUCAACAGUGUUAUAAAUCCAAGAGAGCUUUUCGAUUCUGUAUGUUCUAAGGCUCCUCAGUUCAGGGGAUAUCAGCAGCAAGACAGUCACGAGCUGCUGAGGUGUUUGUUGGAUGAUUUGAGCAACGAAGAAUCGAGCCUGAGAAACAAGCUUGGUGUUUCUGAUAUUGAUGACACUUCUUCACAUCAGAAACCUACUCUCAUAGAUUCUGUAUUUGGAGGUGAAAUCUCGAGCACGGUUUCUUGUUUGGAAUGUGGGCAUUCCUCAAAAGUGUAUGAACCCUUUUUGGAUCUCUCUCUACCUGUUCCCUCCAAGAAAUUCCCUCCUAAUAAGCAACAAAACCUUUCUGAGGAAAAGAAUGGUGAACUUCCACCAAAAAAGGUCCAUAAGAAUUCAGAAAUGGUGUCUGUUAUAGCCCUUGACAAUAAGCAGGUCCCUGAAAUUGCAACACAAACUAAUACCGAUUUUGAUAGUUUUUGGUUGGAUAUUAUUGGACCAGAAACCUCUCACAGUAACACCGAUUUGGUUUGGCAAGGUAAUAUUUGCGACAAAGAAGAUGCACGAGCUAUGCAGUCUAAUAAAGAGACAUCUGCGAGUGGGAUUUUCACAGAGAUUGAUGAGGCUCAAGUUUGCGGUUCUUAUGACUCAUGGCUGAAUUCUCCAUCUGCAAAUCCGUGGGGUGAUGAAGAGCUUCCCUUGGUGGUGUCAGAUUCUCAAGUUCUGUGUAUGCCUUAUAAAGAUGACAUAAACUAUGAUGAUAAAACAGUUGCAGAAGUUAAGGUUAUGAAACGUGAGUGUGAGGCUUCCUCGUCAUUCGUAAGUGGUGACCACCAUGAACAGAACGUAGUAGAUUAUGUUGACUUUAGCGGGUUUUUUGACGAGCCUGAGAUAUCUGCAGAAACUGUUUUGGAACCGCCAUCUAAAGCUAAAUGUGAAGCUCCCUCGUCAUUCAUAAGCGGUGACCAUGAACAGAACGUAGUAGAUUGUGCUGACUUAAUCGAAUUUUUUGACGAGCCUGAGAUAUCUGAAGGAUCUGUUUUUGGACCACCAUGUAAAGCUGAAUGUGAAGCUUCCUCGUCAUUCGUGAGCGGCCAUUAUGAACAAAACGUAGAAGAUUAUGGUGACUUUAGCUGGUGUUUUGAUAAGCCUGAGAUAUCUGAAAAACCUGUUUUUGGACCACCAUCUAAAGCUAAAUGCGAAGAUUAUGGUGACUUUAGCUGGUGUUUUGAUGAGCCUGAGAUGUCUGAAAAUCCUGUUUUUGGACCACCAUCUAAAGCUAAAUGCGAAGAUUAUGUCAGCAGCAACUCUGAUCCUGAAGUUGUUGAUGAUUCGGGUUCACCAGUGUCUGUAGAUAGCUGUUUGGAUCAGUUCACCAAGGCUGAGGUUUUGUCGGAAGACAAUGCUUGGCAUUGUGAGAAUUGUUCCAAGAACCUAAAACUCCAGCGGAUGAGAGAAAAGGGAAAAACUAAAGAAGGAUUGAAAAACGGAUGGGUGACUGAAAAUGGAGCCAGUUUUGCUUCUGAUGAGUGUGGAGAUAAUUCAUCAAACUCAUCAAGUAUAGAUCUUGAAAACAGGUAUAAAGCCGCUCCAAUCACAGAAUCACCAAACUGCAAGGACGAGGAAAAGGUCAUACGUGAUGGAAUGAUUAUAGACUCAGACACGAAGCAAUCUCCAAUAGCUUCUUCUGCUACUGAAACUCCUAUCCUUGGUGGAGAAACCAUCACUUCUCAACCAGACAAUGGCAAUGAAUCUGAGAAAAGGGAAGACGAGGCAGUAGAUUCCGAGGAAGUGAUAGUGAAAAGAGAUGCAACUAAAAGGGUACUUGUAAACAAGGCGCCACCUGUCUUAACCAUUCAUCUCAAAAGGUUCAGCCAAGAUGCUCGAGGCAGGCUAAGCAAGUUAAGUGGCCAUGUUGAUUUCAAAGAGUUCAUCGAUCUUGGACAAUAUAUGGACUACUCUAGGUGGACUGAAGAAGACCAGCCGGUUUACAGGUUAACCGGAUUAGUGGAGCAUUCCGGGACAAUGGGAAGAGGUCAUUAUGUUGCGUACAUCAGAGGAGGCGACAAGGAGUGGAGAAACUCUGAUAUUCAAGAACACAACUCAUCCACAUGGUAUCGUGCAAGCGAUACUUAUGUUCGACGGGUUUCUUUUGAAGAAGUUCUCCGUUCUGAGGCGUAUAUUUUGUUCUACCAACGGAUCUAAGAACAAGAAACAGAGCAGAGAAAAAACGGAGAAAGAGGGGAUUGUGUUUUUCUUUUUUCUUUUUGACAAAUGACAACCAUAAUUUAUAUCACCAAGAUUCUUUAGUUGAG